CUUCACUUCUACUUCACUUCACUUUUACUUUUACUUCCACUGACUUCUUACGUACUUUGUCUUGCUUUCUCCCCCCCUCUCUCUCUCCUUCUAUUCUUCUCCCCAAUUCUCUCCUAUCCUCUUCCAUCUUCAUCCGAGAAUUAUUAAUCCUCUUCCUGUCUCCUUCCUCAUUAGCUCCCGCUUCUUGUCGCAUUUACUUGCGGCCCCCUGACCUUACCCGAUCGUCCCUAGGAAUUUCCCCCCCACCUCCCUUCCAGUCCAUGGCCACCAUCCUUUCUGUCCUUCUGUCCUGAAAGUCGCCUUGUCCAAAGGUGUCAUUUGCCACUUGCUACACUGGCACCAUGCGUUUCUUCGGAGGUGCAGCGUUAGCUUUUGGCCUCUUUAGUGCUGCAACGGCUUCCCUCCAUCCGGUCCGCUCCUACGAGACACAUGACUACUUCGCCUUGCACCUCGAGUCAUCAACUCCCCCGUCCGAAAUCGCUGAGCGACUAGGUGCGCGCCAUGAAGGUCAGGUGGGAGAGCUGGCCGACCAUCAUACUUUCUCCAUUCCCCGAGAGAACGGGGCGGACCUAGAUACGUUAUUGAAUCGCCUACGAGACCGUCGGAAGUUAAAACGACGCGCCGGGGCCGAUGAUAUCACCUUGCUGGAUAAGAGAGAUGCCGAGUUUGAUGGAAUCCUGUGGUCGCAGAAACUUGCGCCCAAGAAGCGACUACAGAAGCGACUCCCGCCAUUGAGGGAUCUCCCCCGAGCGCCGGCCCCCAAGAUCUCCAAGGAGGACCCCAAAGCCGUUCAGUUCCAGAAAGACGUGGUCACGGCGCUGGGCAUCGCGGAUCCGAUCUUUGAGGGCCAGUGGCAUCUCUACAAUACCGUCCAGGUGGGGAAUGAUCUCAACGUCACGGGCGUUUGGCUCGAGGGCAACACCGGGCAGGGCGUCAUCACCGCCGUGGUGGACGAUGGGUUGGACAUGUACAGCAAUGACUUGAAGCCGAACUACUUUGCCGAGGGUUCCUACGAUUACAACGACCACCACCCGGAGCCGAGACCUGUUCUUCCCGAGGAUCGACACGGGACCCGAUGUGCCGGUGAGAUUGCCGCGGCCAAGAACGACAUCUGCGGCGUCGGCGUCGCCUAUGACAGCAAGGUGGCCGGGAUCCGCAUCCUGUCGAAAGCGAUCGACGACACCGACGAGGCCAAGGCCAUCAACCACGGCUACCAACAGAACGACAUCUACUCGUGUUCCUGGGGCCCGCCGGACGAUGGCAUGACCAUGGAGGCCCCCGGGGUCCUCAUCAAAAAGGCCAUGGUGAACGGCGUCCAGAAGGGCCGGGCUGGGAAAGGGUCGAUCUUUGUCUUCGCCGCCGGCAACGGCGCGGGCUACGGCGAUAAUUGUAAUUUCGACGGCUAUACCAACAGUAUCUACAGCAUCACCGUCGGCGCCAUCGAUCGGGAGGGGAAGCACGGCACCUAUUCCGAGUCGUGUUCCGCCCAGUUGGUGGUGACGUACAGCAGCGGCUCGAGUGACGCCAUCCACACCACCGAUGUCGGCGCGGACAAGUGCUAUUCGCUCCACGGCGGCACGUCGGCCGCGGGUCCGCUGGCCGCAGGGUCCGUAGCUCUCGCCCUGAGCGCUCGGCCCGAGCUCAGCUGGCGCGAUGCGCAGUAUCUGCUGGUCGAGACGGCGGUCCCGGUGCAUGAGGACGACGAAAGCUGGCAGAUGACCAAAAGUGGUCGCAAAUUCAGCCACGACUGGGGGUUCGGCAAGGUCGACGCCUACGCUUUGGUCCAAAAGGCCAAAACCUGGCAACUGGUCAAGCCGCAGGCCUGGUUCAAGUCGCCCUGGCUCCGGGUCAAGCAUGAGAUCCCCCAGGGCGACAAAGGUCUGGCCAGCUCCUACGAAAUCACCGCCGAGAUGAUGAAAGAGGCCAACGUGGAGCGCCUGGAGCACGUCACGGUGACCAUGAACGUCAAUCACACGCGUCGUGGUGACCUCAGCGCCGAGUUGCGCAGCCCCGAAGGCGUGCUCAGCCAGCUCAGCACCGCCAGGCGGUCUGACAGCGAAAUGGUCGGUUACGUGGACUGGACUUUUAUGAGUGUCGCUCAUUGGGGUGAAUCUGGCGUUGGAACGUGGACCGUGAUCGUCAAAGACACCAGCGUCAACGAUGACGUCGGAGAAUUCAUCGAUUGGCGUCUCAAUCUCUGGGGAGAAGCCAUCGACGGGGCGAACCAACCGCUUCACCCGCUUCCAGACGAACACGACAACGAUCACACUAUUGAAGAUGCGAUCGUAGCGACGACCAGCGUGGAACCCGGACCUACCAAGACCGGUGCUCCUGAGCCCCCCGUGGAUGCCGUUGAUCGGCCCGUGAACGCAAAGCCUGGGUCGACCGGCGAGCCCACCGCCCCGCCUCCGUCUCCGCCAGUGGACGACGAACCCACCCCGGCGGAGGACAAUACCAGUGCCGCGCCAACGACCGCCACCACCGCCGCCGACUCGGAAAACCUGCUGCCCUCGUUCUUCCCGACGUUCGGGGCAUCCAAGCGGACACAGGCGUGGAUCUACGCCGCGAUCGGCUCAAUCAUCGUCUUCUGCAUCGGCCUGGGCAUUUACUUCAACGUGCAACGGCGGAACCGCCAGCGGAACGACCCGCGCGAUGACUACGACUUUGAGAUGAUCGAGGACGAGGAUGAGAUGCAGAUGGCCGGCAAGCCCGGUACCACCCAGCGUCGUGGCGGCGAACUCUACAAUGCAUUCGCUGGGGAGAGUGAUGAGGAGCCGCUGUUCAGCGACGAGGACGACGACGAGCCCUACCGGGAUCGAGCCGCCAGUGACGACCAGGGACGGGAAGGCAGCCAUGGAGAGCACGGCCGGUAAUACAAUAAAUGGGGAUUUUUGUCUGUCGCAUUAUUUGAUCUGGGGUUUUCUUUCUCUUCUCUUUCUUUCUUUUUUUUUUUUUUUCCGAUGGGAUUGCGAAUAUGGCCAAAACCAGCAUCUUUCUCUUCA